CCCUGCAGUGUGCGGGAGGACGGCGACGGGAGAGGGCAGGAGCGUGCAGGCUCGUGGAGGAGCCGCCGAGCGCAGCCGCGUCUUUCCCUGCCACCCCGGCAGCCCCGCAGAGCCGAGGCGUUUUGCGAGGCCUUCCCACCUGCUGGCGCGGGAUGGAGGAGAGACCCCCCAGCCGCCCCCGGGCAGCCUGGGAGAAGGAGGACGGGCACCCCCGCAGCCCCCGGGCGGCCCAGCAGCAGGACGGGGCUGCCCAGGGGAGCAGCUCUGCCCCGGAACCCUGUGAGGGGUGCGAGCGCCAGGCGUCGCAGAGCCCACCGAGCAGUGCAAGGUCUUCCAUCUGCAGCUGGUCAGCGCUGUCCAGAGAGGAUGAGGAAGCCCUGGAGUUCAUCCGGGACUUUGUGAGCGGCAGACAGAAGGAAGAGGUGCAGAAGCUGAAGUUUCUCGCAUCCAUCUGCACCCUCUGCAGAGGCAGCAGCUCCAAGGCCUUGUCGUGGGGCCUGGAUGUUUUCUGCUGCAGAUACGAGCUGGCCGAGCAUAUCAAGGUGCUGCUGGAAGAGGAGCCCCUGGACCAGCUGGGCACAGCAGUACGUCAGCAAGCCAUGGUUGCUCUCACGGCAAUGAGUGCAGUGGAGCCAGUUCUGGAGGGCCAAAAGAGCAGCCUGCUGCAUGCCUGCUUCAGGAGUGUCUUCUUGCUUCCUCCCAAAGAAGACGUGGAGAAGCUGGACACAUCCCUGUAUUCCAAGACCUUGGAGAGCAUGGACAGCAUGCUGGAGGUGCUGGUGCUCAAGUCUGCCACUUCCAGCCUCCUGGAGCUGCAGCAUAUCUUGCAGCUCCUGUUGCCCUUCACAACCUCGGAGAGAGCAGCUGUGCGUGAGAGGGCCGUGGGGAGGAUUGGAAGGCUGAGCAACUUGCUGGCCAACUAUUCCUCGCUGGAGGUCUGGUGCCCCUUUGGAGGAGUUGAUGAGAGCCCCACCUGCUCUGGAAAGAUCUCUGUCCCAAUGCUGGGACAGCUGGUGGGGCGUCUCAUCCUUUGCUGCGCUUAUGAGGACGCGGAGACGAACCGUGGCGCUUUGGAUGCUCUUCAUUGCCUGUUCAGAUUCGUCGUGCAACGAAAACGCAGGGAGCCCUUUCAGGAUGAUGCAGAGCAUGUAGAGUGCCAGAAGGAGGUGGAAGCUGAGGAUGCGCUCUGCCUUUGCUGGACCAGCAACAUCAGUGUGAUCAUGAGGCUGUUUGUGAAAAACCUCCAUCCUUCUGAGGCGACCGACGUCAUUGUAACAGCCAUGGAGGGCAUGAGGAACUGCAGCAGCUACAGCACGGUGGUGGCUACCCACCUGCUCAACAUGUUCGUGCUGGGUGCUGUCUCUGCGCUGGAAGACGUGUCGCGGAUCAUCAGGUGCCUCUACCGAAACCUGAAGUACGUCAGGGAGUUCUCGGCCCGGGUCACGCUAAACAGGACCCUUUGCCAGCUGGCCUGCUCGAAGCCUGCUGAGGUGACCGUGAGCCUGCUGUACUGCUCGCCACUGUGCAACAGCACCGCCAUGACCCUGUGGAAGGUGCUGAUGGCUAAGCCGCUGGUUGCGAGAGACGUGCUGCGGGAGCUGCUGAGCUUGCUGGAGGAGCGUCCACUGCGCAGGCAGUCCAGCUGCGAGAGGGACAACAGCUGCAUCCUUCCCCUGGCCGCAACGAGAGCACUGCAUGCAAUCGUCCAGGAGCCCGCCUGCGCGCAGGUGGUGAAGGCGUUUUUCCCCCAGUUCUUCCUGGCGCUGCUCUUUCAGAUGGUCUUCACAGCAGAGUUCACCCACCAGGAGGCCAACAUCUUCCUGAGGGAAUGCCAACGGGAUGAGUCCCGUGCCUGCAGCCACGUGAGGUGCGCUGUGGAGGCCAUGAAAGGUCUCUUCAGCUGCGCUGGCUAUCAGCAUGCAGCCCUGGCUGUUGAGAGGAAGGGUGGCUGGGAGCUGUUUCUGCGUGCAGAGACAUCUCAGAGGGGAGUGUCUGUGCUGGCCAGAGUGGUGAGGGGAGUUCCCAGACACCUGUGUCGCUGGAUCUUCUGCCAGCUGGCAAGUGUGCUGAGGAGGGAGGACCAGUGUCGUCAGCUGCCCGCCAUGGCUUUCUUCGUUGAGCUGCUGGAGUGCCCUGACCUCGCCGAUACGGAUGAUGCCGUCCUGCCGCUGCUUUGGAGUUCUGUGCAGACUCAGGGCCUGGAGAUGCGCACACUGGCAUUCAGAGGCCUCCUGAGGCUGUCGACAAGCCCCGAGAUGGCAAGGAAAAUGCAGAGCAUGCUGCCAGAGCUCCUGGAGUGUCUGCAGGAUGUUCGCAGGGACAUGCGUGUGGGAAGCCUGCUGCUGCUGCGCAACAUCCUCAGCUACCUAGAGCAGAAGGGCUCCAACCCCAUGGCUCUGAAGCUGGCGGAGAAGCUUCUGCUGCUCUUUGCUGACAAAGACCGCACAGUGCGAGAGCUCUCCAUCCUCGUCUUCAAAGACCUGAUGGGGAGUGUGGUGGGGAAGAACAAACGGUGGCUGAAGCAGCAUGUGCAGAGGAGCCUGGUGCCGCUCUUGCUGCACAUGAGUGAGCAGAUCGCGAGCGUGGCCCAGGCCUCUCGGGAAGCCCUUGUCAGUGCUGCACAGCUCCUGAAGUGGGAGGAGCUCGAGCAACUGGCCAGAGCAUGGGAGACGUGGAAGAUCGGGGAGUACCUGGUGCUGAGGGACAGGAGCAGAGUGGAGCAAUACCUGCAGCAGAGCCGGCCCUACUUGGAGAACCCUCAGGCCUCCUUGCGGGAGGCAGCCGUGAGGCUCAUUGGGCUCAUUGGGCAGCAAGUGAAGCAGAAGGCGGCGAAGGUGCAGGAGAUCUGCGAGGCCCUCCAGCUCCUGGAAAAUGACCCUGACCCCUCAGUGCGUUGCCUGGUGACACAGACCUUGCUGAACCUGAGAAGUGCCAGGACAACGUCUCCAUCGAGGUUCAGCUUUGGAGCACUGGGUCAGUGGCUGCAGAGAGCAUGGCAGAGGGGUCCCCGUCCCGCCAGGAGGUGACUCUUUGAGCAGAGCUGGCACAGCUGUGCCAAUGCCCUGGUGCGGCACGCCGCAGACAAGCAAGUGUGCUGGAAGGUCUGGGCCAUUGCUGGCAUCUGCUGCAGCCACAGGAGAGCUCAACACCUGGAGUGCAGCCUGUCCCACUCUUGUGCUCCCCCUUCAUGCCUUUAUUGUGCUUUCCGCAAAGAUAGA